AUGCCUUCCCAGAAGCCCGUGCUGGCCGCCACUGUCACCACCACCUCCGCCACCAUCGCCCGCAGGACAGACAGCAGGACGCCAGGCUGGUCAUCUGGGGCUGGCGGACGGCUGAGCCCUCAGCACUGUUGCCAGGACACCGAGUGGCCUUUGUCCUUUGUCGCUGUCCACAAUGGCCCCACCCCCUGGGGGCCCUGCAGGCAUGCAGACCCUGCCCGGCUCUACCUCCCCCAGGGGACCCUGGAAGUGGUCUUCCCAGCACCUCUCUACAGCGAUGACUACCUGUCCCUGGAGGGGCCCCGCUGGACACCGGCCAUCAAGCAGGCGACGCGCUGGAAGCACACGCCCCUGGGACGCGACGCGGCCGGCCAGCUGGGGUACACCGGCCUGACCACUGCGGGCCCCCGCGAGGCCUGGUACACGCUCCCGUGGGCCCCGGACCACCCCCGCCGCGAGGCCUACGCCCGCUGGCACGGCUGCCACAGCCAGCGGGAGCGACGCCUGCCUCUGGCCUACGCCCAGCGCCUCCGGGAGACCGCCUGGCCCGGCCCCGUCACCCCUGCGUGGUGCAGGGCCCCCGGCCCACAGUGGGGCAGCACGGUGGGGAUGGACAGAGCCAUCCGGGGCAAGGAGUACGUGGUCAGCAGGCACCAGCACGGCCUGGCGCCACCGCAGCGCUCGGACUACGUGCCCUGCCUGUCGGUGCCGCAGUGGCCGCGCCACACCUCCCAGGACUUCCCGCGCUGGAGCCCGGAGCCCCGCUGCCCCUCUACCCACCAGCGGCCCCCGCCCGCCCCCCGGCCUGGGCGCUGAGGAAGGCCCUGCCGCCGCCGCCGCCCCUGCCAGGGCCUCCCCCACACCCCGGUCUCGCUCCACCUCUGGGGCCCCGGAGGGCCAGGCGGCCAGAUAAAGGGAGCCACUAACCGAGA